GGUGUUCGGGUUAGGUCCGGGGUCGCAGAUUGUGGGAUUAGUGAUAUGCUUUCCUAAACAGCAGAAAAAGUUGAAGAUGUCUAGAUACUUAAUGGCUUUGACAGUGACCACCCUCGUCGGUGUGGCCGUGGGGGGGUUUGUCCUGUGGAAAGGCAUCCGGCGGCGGAGGAGUAAAGCGAGCCCGGACAGAGGGCAGCGGCGGCAGCAUCCGCAGCAGCCGCAGCAGCCGCAGCAUCGGCAGCAUCCGCAGCAGCAAGCACCAGGCCGGAGGGAGCUGCCCCCUCCAGAAGAGGUCCGGCUGCGCUCCAGGGCCCCCGGAGCCUCAUGGGAGGAGAGGAUCCUCGGAGCAAAGGUGGUGACUGUGUCUCAGGAGGCCGAGUGGGACCACAUUGAGCCCUUGCUUAGGAGUGAGUUAGAAGAUUUUCCAGUACUUGGAAUCGACUGUGAGUGGGUGAAUUCGGAAGGCAAAGCCAGCCCUCUGUCACUCCUUCAAAUGGCCUCCCCAAGUGGCUUCUGUGUCUUAGUUCGCUUGCCAAAGCUGAUCUGUGGAGGAAAAACACUACCAAAAACUUUGUUGGACAUUUUGGCAGAUGGCACUAUUUUAAAAGUUGGAGUAGGAUGUUCAGAAGAUGCCAGCAAGCUUCUGCAGGACUACGGCCUCGUGGUUAAGGGGUGCCUGGACCUCCGGUACCUAGCCAUGAGGCAGAGAAACAAUUUGCUCUGUAAUGGGCUCAGCCUGAAAUCACUUGCUGAGACGGUUUUGAACUUUCCACUUGACAAGUCCCUUCUGCUUCGUUGUAGCAACUGGGAUGCUGAGAAUCUUACUGAGGACCAGGUGAUUUAUGCUGCCAGGGAUGCCCAGAUUUCAGUGGCUCUCUUUCUCCGUCUUCUUGGAUACCCUUUCUCUAGGAAUUCAACUCUAGAUGAAAACGAUGACCACAUGGGCUGGAGAAAAGUCUUGGAAAAUUGCCAGGAUGUGGUAGACAUCCCAUUCCGAAGCAAAGGACUCAGCCGACUUGGGGAAGAGGUUAAUGGGGAAGCAGCAGAAGCUCAGCAGAAGCCAAGACAUAAGAAGUCUAAGACAGAUGGAAUGAUGGCAGGCAACCACCAAGGGAGAGAUCCCAGAAAGCAUAAAAGAAAGCCCCUGGGGGUGGGCUAUUCGGCCAGAAAAUCACCCCUCUAUGAUAACUGCUUCCUCCAUGCUCCUGAUGGACAGCCCCUCUGCACUUGUGACCGAAGGAAAGCUCAGUGGUACCUGGACAAAGGCAUUGGAGAGCUGGUGAGUGAGGAGCCUUUUGUGGUCAAGCUACAGUUUGAACCUGCAGGAAGACCCGAAUCUCCAGGAGACUAUUACUUGAUGGUUAAAGAGAACCUGUGUGUAGUCUGUGGCAAGAAAGACUCGUACAUUCGGAAGAACGUGAUUCCGCAUGAGUACCGGAAGCACUUCCCCAUUGAGAUGAAGGACCACAACUCGCACGAUGUGCUUCUGCUCUGCACCUCCUGCCACGCCAUCUCUAACUACUAUGACAACCACCUGAAGCAGCAGCUGGCCAGGGAGUUCCAGGCCCCCAUUGGCUCCGAGGAGGGUCUGCGCCUGCUGGAAGACCCUGAGCGCCGGCAGGUACGCUCUGGGGCCAGGGCCCUGCUCAACGCAGAGAGCCUGCCUGCUCAUCGAAAGGAGGAGCUUUUGCAAGCACUCAGAGAGUUUUACAACACAGACACAGUCACGGAUGAGAUGCUUCAAGAGGCUGCCAGCCUGGAGACAAGGAUUUCCAACGAAAACUACGUCCCCCACGGGCUGAGGGUGGUGCGGUGCCACAGCCGGGGCGGGCUGCGCUCCCUCAUGCAGCUGGAGAGCCGCUGGCGUCAGCACUUCCUGGACUCCAUGCAGCCCAGGCACCUGCCCCAGCAGUGGUCCGUGGACCACAACCAUCAGAAGCUGCUCCGGAGAUAUGGGGAAGACCUUCCCAUCAAGCUGUCGUGACUGCCGCUCUCUUCCCAGGUGAGGAUGGCCAGGAAGCUGAGCCAAGGCGGGAAAGUCACCUCUCCCGUGUCAUUAAUUGUCAGAGCCCAGUGUCACAACGUGGAAUGCUAACCCACGCAGAUCCCAGGAUGCUUCUGGUGGAGCCAGGCUGUUGCUUCAAGGGGAGCGUAUGGUUGUGGAUUUUAGUUGGGCAGGGUGAGAAUUCUUUUUGCCUCCCUCUUAUUUUAUUUUCGUGGACAAAAGGGCCUUGGCCUUUAUUUUGCUUUCCUUCUUUUGCUUUCCCUGUGCAGACAGCAAAUGAAGGAUUCUCCCCUGAGGUGACUUGUCAAGGUGCUCAGGUUUUUAAUACAUUUCUUCCCUGCCCACUAUGUUGGUUUUUCUCAAACAGGGGCAGCCAAGUAUUUUAAUCCCAUUGGGUGAGGACGGGAGAAAAUUUUCUUGCAGAGGUUGGAGAGGUGAACAAGGAGUCAGAUUCAUUUUCCCGGUUCAAGCUCAUAAUUGUAAAUUCCUUGGCUUCAUGCUCUCCCACAACUCACCUGGUUGAGAUCCAUCCCAUCUAGGUCACUUCAGUUUAUUUCCAUACUUGAGAAUGUCCCCCUUUACACGUCCAGGACCAAAGCAGCGACUUCCUGCCAUACGCUUCCACCCUAACACUGGAGGAAAUCCUUUUCUGGAAAUAGGCCUUCUAACUGGGUGGGGCCGAGAGAAGUACAAGCACCAUCUCUCAAGAAAACUUUGAUAUUUGCUCCGCGUUCCCUUUCAUUGUCUGUUCGUUGCAAUCCUCCUGUCCAGAAGUGCAGGGUUUUUAGCUGAAUCCCUUUCUGACAGGAAGAUUCUCUUCUUUCAGAAUCAGUGUCAGGUCCCUUCCGGGUUCUGUGUUCCUUCAGAUUUGUAAUACUGACCUGUUUUCAACACUUCAUUGUCUCUUGGAGUCCUUUGGUUAGAUUGCAUUGUGAGGAUUUCUCCACCUGCUCUCAUGCCUGGGACUCUGAGAUUAAUUCAUAUAUUUAGAUGUUCAAAACGGUGAUGUUUCAUCUCUUUAUGUGAAGCCGCCACCACUUUGAGCAUGAAAGCAAGUUAUUAGUGAUUAGUAUUUUUUCUCAAGUAUGAGGAGAGCUUUUUUACAAGAUGGCUAACAGACUUAAACAAUUUUAUGGCCAGAAUCCAACAGGAGCUGUUUUGAAAUUGUGCCCAAGUUGGUGAUGGUUUGCUCUAACACUGAUAAAUAAAACUUCUUCUAAGCACAAAGUUCACUGAUUGUAAAUGUAACACUUUUUU